CAUUUUUGAAUUUUUCUAAUCCACACCGCCAUUUCUUUUCACACCUAACACACGUAAACUCACCACCCAGCCUUCCCCAACAUUAUUUAUUAAUUCUCUCCAAUAAGGUCAAAAUUUGCGAAAGUUGACUGGUUUUGACUAAGUGUGAGAAAACAGAGUUGAACAACCAUGGCGGUCUCAGGUUCUACUUCUAGGUCAAGGAGAACGACAGAGCUCCGGCCGACGAGGCAGUUGAGAGAUCAGGAGACGGAAAGUAGGCCCGACCCCAUCAAAUCGCGGGCCGACCCGACUGAUCCAGAGUUCAACUUGCCGGGUCGCAGGGUGCCCGUGGUGUAUUAUCUCUCUAGAAACGGGCAACUCGAGCAUCCCCAUUUCAUGGAGGUUCCUCUCUCCUCCCCACACGGUCUGCUUCUCAGAGACGUCUUUAGCCGCCUGAAUGUUCUUCGCGGUAAAGGCAUGGCGGCCAUGUACUCCUGGUCUUGCAAACGGAGCUACAGGAAUGGAUUCGUGUGGCACGAUUUGCUAGAGGAUGACGUCAUUUUCCCGGCUCACGGCAACGAGUACGUCCUCAAAGGCUCGGAGCUCCCGGCCGGCGAACUCCCAGAGACAAACGAUCAGCGGCCGCCGCCGGCGGCGGACAGACGGCGCCACAACCAGUCGUGCAGCUCCAUCGACCUAACCAACAUCCAAGAGUACGGCGUCCCCAAGGCCCAACCCACCGCCGACGUGUCCACCCAGACGGACGACGGCCGCCCGAGGCGGCGCCCCCCGCCGGUCGACGAGAUCGAGGUGUCGGUCUCCCCACCGCCGUCCGACUCGUCGAGCCCCGAGACACUGGAGACGCUGAUGAAAUCGGAAGCCGCCAAGCGGCCGGCGCCGGCGCCGGCGGCCGCGGCCGCCGGGGAAGAUCAGUCGACGGCCAGCAGCAACAACCAAAAGGCGGCCAAAUCUGUUCUGAUGCAGCUGAUCUCGUGCGGGUCGAUCUCGUGUGGGGCCGGGCAUGGAGGAAUGGGGCUGAUAUCGCAGUACAAGAUGCGGGUCCCACGUGGGAGGCCGAAGCUUGAGGAUAAGGAGUUUUUCAGCGGGGGCUUGGUGGUGGAGCAGACGAGGAAAGAGGAAUUUCCGAGCUUGAAGAGGUCAACCUCUUACACUGCCGGUCGCUGAUUUUUUCUUUUUAUUUUUCUUUUUUGGUUCUUUUUGGUUUGGUUUGUAAAAUUGUAUGAAGUUGAUUAGUCAUUACUGCUUGCUUCGUCCUCGUCUGACUUGUCCACAGUAACUUAUUUAGUAUUCACAUGCGUGUGGACUCUGUUUUUUGUUUGAUUCUAUGGGGGCCGUGGAGUGCAGAUACGUAUCAUUAAUCUUGUGCAGAAAAAGUUGUACUUCAUCUGCAGUUUGCACUGAAGAAAAAUUAAUGUACUGCGUUUUGAAUCUUUGAUCGUUGUAUUGUUUUUGCAAUGGUCGGAUCAUCCGAUCAAUCUUGAGUUAUUAGGUUAAUUAUUG